UUUUUUUUUUUUUCUCAAUAGACAAUUAAAUCAAAUAAAAUAAUUCAACAUGAGAGUUGUUACAGCAUCUGAUCAACAAUCUGCUUCUGACUAUGCUAUGAAAGGAUUUGCUAUUGGCGCUUUACAAUGGGCUGGUGUAGGUGUAGUAGCUUCAGGAUUAUUAUAUGCUUUUGCUCCUUGGUAUCGUCGUACUCAAACUGUCAACAAGUUUUAUAUUAUCAUGUGUUUUGGACUUGGUGGUGGUGCUUAUAAAAGUGAUCGUUAUAUGGUGAACUAUGAACGACGUGGACGUGCUGAAAUGUUAGAUGCAGAUACUCGUCGAAGAUAUGAUUUAAUUUAUGGUGGCAAGAAUGAAGAACAAGAUCAAAAGGUACCUUCCUCUUAAUGUUUAAAUAGAUAGAUCUUUUUAUAUACAUUCCUUCUCUUUUUAUUAUCAUUUUUUUAUUUUUAUUUUUCUUGUUAUUGUAUCAUUUACCCUUCCUUUUUGUUGUUGUUUUUUUUAAAAAAAUAAAAAAUAAAAAAAAA